AUGGGGGAGGUGGCCGGCGCCGGCGACCAUGUGCCCGUCGUCGUCUGCAAGGGCAAGCGCAGCAAGCGGCUGCGCGUGCACGCGGCCCCGCCAUCUCCAGCGAUGGUGACGCCGGUGGCCAGUGCCGAGGUCGAUGACGAGUCGUCGAGUUCUGCCGCGGGCGACAGGUGGCUGUCCCCGGGCGGCGACCAGGAGGAGGAGGCGGCCUCGGGGUGUGUCACCGAGGAGGAUGAGGACAUGGCGCUCUGCCUCAUGCUGCUCGCGGGCGGCGGCACAGGCCGGGCUGGACCAUCGUCGUCGUCGCCGGUGGUAGUUGCCGCUGACACGACGGUUAAAGAAGGCAAGUUCCGGAGCCGGCGCGCGGCCGGGGCCGACGGGGAGUUCGUCUACGAGUGCAGGACGUGUGGCAAGUGCUUCCCGUCCUUCCAGGCCCUCGGCGGCCACCGCACCAGCCACAAGAAGCCCCGUCUCCUCCUCCCGCCCACGACACCGCUUUCGUCUCCUCCAACCGACGAGAAGAAGCGGCCUUCGACGGCGUCACCGGCCCCCCACGCAACCGCCGAUCCGACCGUGCUGGUGAUCCCUGUCCCGGCGACGCCACCCAAGCACGAAGUUGCCACAGUGACCGCUGUCACAAGCGGCGGGUCGAGGCAGCAGCAGCAGCGGAGCAGGCUGCACGAGUGCACCAUCUGCGGCGCCGAGUUCGGGUCCGGGCAGGCGCUCGGUGGGCACAUGCGCCGGCACCGCCCGCUCGUGCCGGCCUUGUCGACAGACGACGUGGGGACGGUGGAGGUGAUCGGUGGGAAGGAGAAGAGCCUCCUGGAGCUGGAUCUCAACAUGCCAGCGCCCUGCGACGACACGCCCGCCGAUACGCCGGCAGCGUUCCCGUUCGCCGUGAAGGACAGGUCGGCGGCGGCGAUUCUGUUCCCGGCGCCGGCGCCGGCGUCGGCUUUGGUGGACUGCCAUUACUAG